CAAAAAAUUCUCAAAUUCUUAUCAUGUUUACAAUUUUUUUUCAAUUUUGAAUAUUUUUUCAUUUUGAAUGUGAAUUUCAAAACUUGAGAAAACUUACUAGUGUACAUAAGAUGAUUUUUGAACUUUCGAUAUGAAAAAUAAAGAGUUCGGAGUGUUAAAUAAUAAAUUUGUGGAUUCAUUUACUUGCCGUGUUCAUAUUAUCUUGGCGAAAAGAAAUACACUCAUGUAAACAAAAUAUCUCACUGUAAAUUCAUUAUACUGCCAUCCAAAUGGCAGAGCAAUUAUCUGGAGUUACCGUAGCUAUUAUAAUAGCUGGAGGCACAUUAACUUUAAUUUUACUAUUUAUUUUUGUUAAAAGACAAAUCAUGCGUUUUGCUCUUCGCUCAAGGAGAGGGCCGCAUGUUCCUGUCGGUCAUGACGCCAAGAAAUCUCUAAGGAGAGAAAUUGAUAGGCGAGUAGAAGUCAUUCCAAAAAUAAUGUAUGAGCCAAAGUUAUUAGAAUCUAAUGAUCCGAAGUACAUUCUUCCUCCGACUGAUAACGUUAGCUACAUGUCUCCGUUUUAUUGUCGUUUGAAGGCAGUUGACGACAUUAAAAAAUUAGAGGCAGAAAUAGCAAAAUCAGACAAAACUCUGGUACGCCAUCCUUCUGAGAAUUUAAGAGCCUACUUAUUGAAUACAUUAGCCGCUCCGAUGAACAGCGUUGGCCAACGUACAAUUCAUCAAUUCUGCGAUCUAUAUGAGCACGCCAGGUACGACCCAAACGAGUUUACAGAAGAAGAAUACCGUGUAUAUUCCAGACUACUGCUUAAAUUACUAGACGCAGCUAGAAUGUUGAAAGGUUAUAGCAACGUGAGAAAACAGAGUCCAAAUAACCGCACUGGAGCGAAAAAAUUAUCAGAAAAAAUAAACCAAAAUAUCAAUAAAGAUCCGAAUGAUCAUUUGAACGACGAUUCCAAUAAAAGAUCUCCGUAUCUCAGUACAGAAAGAAGUGGCGAAACUCCUGUAUAAAACUUUGUAAAAAUCAGAGUGAUUUGAUAUCAUUAAAUUUUUUUACACGCG